UUUGACUUUAGGAUUUUGAAGUUUUCAAACAUGUCCAUCAGCAGGCAUUCAUUACGGUUAACGACACAUGCAGGGGGCUCGUCCUUUGGUCUUUGGCGACCGUUGGCGAGACCUUUUGCUACUCUCGCUCCUGAAUUUCACCACCUCCUUCACAAUGCUCCUGCCACGAAAGCUCCUCCGACUGCACUGAGAUCGAUAUGGGACGGACUACUAUCUGCUGUAUUGAGUCCUGAUGAUGUCGCGAACGAGUAUCGCAAAAAGUAUGCGGACAAGCUCAAGAAAGCGGUUCAGAGCGAAGGGGCUAAAUCGGUAGACGAACUUAUCCAGCGAAAGCGCUCUGCACCUCCUCCAGAACCGUCCAAUGAGAAUAAGGAUGACAAGCCAGAUGAAACGAAGACGGGCAAAUCGGUCAAGGGGCUAGCUCCUCGCGCUGAUGGAUUACCCUCGCAUGUCAAGAGCUUGGAAAAGAUUGUGGAUGUGGAGCGCCUCAAGCAAGAGUCGUCAGACCAGAUUGCCAACAUUUGGAACGAGUAUCACUCGUCAAGACAAUGCUUGAGUGGUGCUAUGCCGUCAAGCUUCUACCAGAGCCUGCUUGACCAAGCCAAGAAGUUCCCGAUGUUCCUUUUACCCCUUCCACGUAACGAAGGUUACGAGUUCUUUCUUCUUCAGUUUUCCGGUCAUCAAAUCUACUUUACACCUCUAUUAGAAUACAAGACGCACCGAGAAAAUGCUCGACCCCAUCUCGUCCUGACACACUACGUCGAGCUCGCAGAUGAGAAAGACAUUGUCCUCAUGGUUGGUGAGCUUGGCGAUCCCGAUCGCAAAAUCCUCACUUUGCAGGAAGCGCAAAACUUGGUAUACCAGAUGCAAAUCUUUUAUGUGACGGGAUCUCAAGCCAAGAAGGAUUUGGUGGAGACGUUCCAUAAGAAUCCAGCCGGAUUUGAUUAUCAGUCGCUGAUUUCAGCAGUCGAGACUCUCUCAUAGGCAUUUUCAUAGGCACGUUCACUGGCAUUUGUAGAUUAAUGCAAUUUCUUUAUUCAUCUUCACGUAUGCGGAAUCAACACAUUCCAUUAUAUGCGAACUCUGUCAGACAA